GAUAUAAUCUGCUUAAUGUUUCAAUAUUUUCCUUCGCGGGUCCUCUGCUCUGUACUGCUCAACGUGUCCAGAGGAUGGCGCUACUCACGGAGCAGAGGCCGAGAGACAGGAGAAAAAGCUCCGCUGUCUCUUUUUCGUCUGCUGCACCAAAACGGAAGCACUUCAUUGGUCCGUGAGGCCAAGUUACCAAACAGCAAGAUGGCACACCGGUUCCUAGUUCGCAGAAUCUGGACCCUCUCUGUGAAAAACGCUCGCUGCCUCCCAUCAUCCACUGCCACCGUCGCCUCCGCUUCAUUUUCCACCUCCCUUCAUCCUGUCCCGAGCCGGGUGUCCUUCCUCACCCCGUCACGAAGUCUUGCUGUUUCUCACACCCUCCACCGAGCAGUCUCCUUCAAUGUUCAGGACAAUGAGGACUUCACAGACAGGGUUAUUAACAACGAUCUGCCUGUGUUGGUCGACUUCCAUGCGCAGUGGUGUGGUCCUUGUAAGAUCCUUGGGCCAAGGUUGGAGAAGGCUGUUGCCAAACAGAAAGGCCGUGUUGCCAUGGCAAAAGUUGACAUUGACGAUCACACAGACUUGGCUAUUGAGUAUGGGGUGUCUGCUGUCCCUACAGUCAUCGCAAUGAGGGGAGGAGAUGUUGUCGACCGCUUUGUGGGAUCAAAGAUGACGAUCAGCUGGACUCAUUUGUCAGCAAAGUCAUUGGACAAUAAACCACGAGUCCCGACCCAGCUGUGCAACCCCAUCAUGGUGCUGUCAUCUAAGAUCUCAACAUGCCGUCGAUCGGUGCCACAGUCCCACCUGGCCAACUCUGUAAUGCUCACACCCAUCAACUAGACACUGCUUCAGCUGUGGAUCUUUGCUUCUGCCUCCUCUUUUUUUUGUCCAGUGAUGGGUGUUUGCAUUCUCAACAUUUUAGUUCAUUCUGUUUUCUCUGUUUUCUCCUAAAAAUGUGAUGGCUUCUUGAAUCUAUUCUAAUAAAGAUAUUCUCUACUUGUUCUCUGUA